AUGUCGGAAUUCGUAAGGCCGCUGUCCGUGGAUCUACGCAUGAACGUCUGGUCAUUAUGCUCUAUAGCUUUACUUGCCCACGCGCAGGCAGCGUCCGCAAUACAGAUCUAUACGCCAGAGACUCUGCCAACAGAUCUCUCGUCGAGUUGUGCGGACGCUCUAACUGCUGAUGUUGCUGCGUGCCCCCUCUUCGCCACCAAGCUACGAUAUGGCUUCUUUUAUCCAGAGUCCAGGCUGAAGUCAACCUGCACCCCAGAAUGCAGCACUGCACUUCAGACAUACGAAGAGGGCGUGGUCUUGUCUUGCUCUAACGAUACCUGGCUCGCAUAUGAAGACGACGAGGAAAACCUCCCAGUUACCUUCAUCCCCAAUGUGAUGCGGUAUCUGUACGAGCUAACUUGCAUCCAAGACGAUGGGAGGUUCUGCAAUGUCAUUGCCGGAAUGAAUGCGGCUAUGGCAGAUCCUGGUGCUGGCGAAUCGGGUUGGCUGGGCGACGUCGCGAAUGGGACAGGUGCCCCGGAAUGUGACUUGUGCUUUAUCAAGAGCUUGCGGAUGCAAGCUGGAUCGCCGUACUACGACGGUCCCGAAGUUGCAAGCCAGUCGAUCUAUGAGUCUAAGACUUCCAGUUGCGGUAUUGCUGACAUGCCGCGAACAACGUGGGCCAUGCCAACGACUGUAUCCGACCUACCUCAGCCAACUCCGCCUACGUGUGCAGGCAAGACAUAUCAAAUUCAGCCCGGCGAUGAUUGUCAUAGCAUAUCAACCUCUCAGGGGAUUGCUACCUCGUGGCUCCUGUCAGAUAAUAAUCUGGCAUCGUUUUGUACAGAUUUCCCGACCGAAGGGUCACUGUGCUUAAUUAAUACCUGUUCGGUUUAUACCGUCAAGACCAAUGAUACCUGCAAGUCAGUUGCGAAAACUUCUAACAUCACGGAAGCCCUUCUCAUCAGUUGGAAUCCUGCACUCAGCUCGGGAUGUGGAAAUAUAGGCCGCUAUGCAGGAGAUCAGCUGUGUAUCAGCGUUCCGGGCACGCCCUACCAGGACCCGUCAUCGACGGUGCUGGCGCCAACGACCGUGUCCACCCCUGUUCCCAUUCCCACCGACGUCGCCCCGGGCGUCAACGAGAGAUGCGGGCGCUACUACAAGGUGAUGCCUGAUGAGUAUUGUAACCUCAUUGUUUUGCACUUUGGCAUCUCGCUAGGGGAUUUCCGCUUCCUAAAUCCCGACAUCAAUGAUAACUGCACCAACCUGUUCGCGAACGAGAGUUACUGCGUCCUGCCGGUCGGGGACAUAAACACCUAUCCUGGCCGCCCGGGUGCGACUACUAAGCCCCCUACGACGACGAGGCCCUUCACGUCCAUCCUCUCGCUCGACCCGACCACGUCCUCCCCGCCAAUAGUGACGCCCACGGGGCUUCCCCUGGCACCUAACACGCGAGGGGACUGCUCGCGCUAUUUCGACGGCACGCAGAUGCUGAGCGCGAACAUUACGGCGACGUCGUUCGCCAACGCGUGCGAGUUCGCCGCUGCUCUCUGGGCCGUCUCACUCGACGACCUCAUGCUUUGGAACCCGGACCUGGGCGAUCUCGCGAGCGGCGAGUGCAACAUGGAUCCCGAGCUACGGUAUUGCGGCAAGAACCUCUUCGCCGAUCCGCCUCCUGACCCCGUGGGUCCUGACUACGACCUCGAGAUCAGGGACGGCGCGAUCGCAGACUGCACACAAUACGGGGACGCGUAUCCGGACUGGGACUGUAACGAUAUCCUAGCAAAUUAUGAAUUAACUAUCGCGCAAUUCUUCGAAUACAAUCCGGAAGUAGGAGAGGAUUGCGGCAAUCUGUGGCCGGGUUACGCCUACUGCAUCCGCGCAGGCGACUACGUCGCCCCAACCCCGACGUCCAGCCCACCGCCGACGACUCCGACCGGACCCCCCGCGGAGACGCACUCGGGGCAGCCGGCCAACUGCAACCAGUGGCACGUAGUAGAAGACGGGGACGGGUGCGACACGAUCGAGGCAGAGUACGGGCUGACGCCGGACCAGUUCUUCGGGUGGAACCCGGCUGUGAGCCGGGACUGUCUGACCAAUUUCUGGCUGGGCUACGCGUACUGCGUCGGCGUGUCGUCUUCGCCACCGACCACCACUACCCCGACGAGGACGACUUCUUCGCCGACGCCGACACCGACGACCGCCCCCGCCGUGCCGUCGCCCGUGCAGGACGGCAAUGCCGUCGAGAACUGCAACGCGUACGCGCAGGCGCAGGACGAAGACUGGUGCGCGGCCUUCGCCGAGCGCAACGACGUGCGGGAGGUGGACCUGUACGCCUGGAACACGGUUCUUGGCGACAACGGGGAGAACUGCGGCAGUAGUCUCUGGGGCGGAUAUUGGUAUUGUAUUGGUAUCGCGGCGGCGAGGAAGAAGAUGUCUUGA